UCGGAUUCUCGAAGGACGCAUAACAAAGUUCAAUAUCAGACUGAGAGAGUGAAUGACUCACAUCAAGUAAAACCUUCCAUCAAAGAUAAGAUCAAGCCAGAGGAGUGUUAGUCACAAGUGUACAAGCCCAAGAGUGAACCUUCAGCCAUCAUGUUCUCCUCGGGACCAUCGUACAACAAGCUGAAAACCAAUCUCAGACUUUGCAUUAACAGGCUGAAACUAUUGGAGAAAAAGAAGACGGAAUUGGCUCUGAAAUCCCGCAAAGAGAUUGCUGACUAUGUGGCCAAUGGAAAGGUGGAGCGAGCAAAGAUUCGUGUGGAACAUAUCAUUAGAGAGGAUUACCUCGUUGAGGCUAUGGAGAUUGUCGAGAUGUUUUGUGACCUCCUACUUGGAAGAUUCGGACUUAUUCAACAAAUGAAGACUUUGGACGAUGGCUUGGCUGAGGCCAUUUCCAGCAUCAUUUGGGUGGCUCCCCGCCUUCAGACAGAUGUACAAGAGCUGAAGAUUGUGUCUGACCAACUGGCGGCCAAGUACGGCAAGCCUUAUGCUAUGGCGUGUCGAGAAAACGGAGUGGGGACAGUGUCACAGAAAUUGAUGCAUAAGCUCAGUGUCCAAGCACCUCCCAAGCUGACCGUGGAGAAAUACAUGAUUGAGAUCGCCAAGUACUAUAAUGUGGAGUACGAGCCUGACCCGCAAGUCCUUUCUCAAGACGAAGUGUACGCAGCCGAUGCCUUGAUCGAUUUGGCUCCAGCGCCUCCUUUGCCGGAAAAGAAUGACCUUAACUCUCCUGGGAGUGGCUCCAAUGCUUCUGCUCCACCGCCUACCAAUGGGAAUCAUGGUCCGGGUGGGUAUGCUCCUUUCAACUACCCACCUCAAGGACAUCCUCAUGGGGGUGUGCCUCCGGCUUAUGGUGGGGGAGCCAUGGGAUACCCUCCCCCAGGUGGAUAAGUUUACCCGCCCCAAGGAGGUAGCAACCACAAGGACGAUGGACCUCCACCUUACUUUCCUCCAGAUAUGGGGGGUGGUGCCGUUGGAGGAGUCUCUCGACAACCUGACCUGCCCCCGACCACGUCAACUAACCCACCUCCUGUUCGGUCAGAGUCCAAUGAGGACAACACGAUGAAGAAUAAUCUGGAUUUCCCGGAGUUGCCUGGGGUGCCCCAUGACUCGCCGUUGAAAUCCGUCACUCCGGAUAACAAGGAGGUGGACGAUGAGGAUGUGAAGAAUCCGGGCGAUGAGUCUGAGAUCGAUUUUGAUGAUUUGACCCGACGUUUCGAAGCUUUGAAAAAGAAGUGAAGUUAUUAUGUAUUUUUACCACUGGCUUGAAUAAAUGAAUAAAGUAUUUAAUUUCUUUA